AUGCAUCCUGGUGCAGAAGAUGCUGAGGCCUUAGUUGUAUACGAAGUGUGUCUUUAUAUUGAUUAUCUUCCUGAUGAUGGUGAAGUUUGGCAAUUUGAUGGACUAUAUCCGUGCCCUGUUAAUAUUGACAGGUUGGCAUUGAAAUAUUUUUAUCAAGAAAAUAUUCCGACAACUAGAAAUGUUACAGGUUUAACUGAUGAUGAAGAAAUCAAAGUUGUUACAAAAGAUGUUAAUAAGCUUAAAAUUACGAAUAAACUGAUUCGUGUUUACAAAAAAAAAUUAUCGAACAUUGAAAAGAAGUUGCAAACAUUUGAUUACGGACUAUACAUUCGAGAAUAUAUUCCUAUUUUACAUGAAUGUGGUAAUUUAAAAGAUUUGUUAAAGAAUGCUGAGGAUGAGGAUUAUAGUUUUUUAAAAUUGUAA